GUGCCACCGCCACCUGCGAAGGCAGGAACCAGGUGCUGUCGCCGGUGAUGCUGCGCAAGCAUCGACGCCUGAACCACAGGCAAGCGGCACCGGAUGAGGUGAUGAAGACUAGUCUUCCUCCAGUCACCUGGAGGGUAGUAGGUGCCACUCCCUCCUCCGAUGCCGCAGGAUGGCUGAUUCUGCUUGGCUGGCGGCUUCCGGCCUGGACGGGAAGGUCCUUGGCAUGCUCGAAGGAGGCUGUGCAAGGGCCAGGCAUUGCGGCGUUGGUGUCGCUUCGGCUGCCACAGGGCACCCGUCGGUCAGCUAGUUCCACGACUGGCGCCAAAGUUGCUUUCCAUCCGCGCCGGUGCAGAGCUGGCCCAGCCGACGGCUUGCUAGCGUUGGACGAUGGCGCUGGCCAGGAGCCACUUCAAAAUUGCAGCACCGGCAGGAACAGUGCUGACAGUACCUCUGCCAGCAUAGCAAUUGAUGACAGGCAGCUUCAGCACUGGGAGCAGCAGAUACAUGCGCUCGUAGUGGUACUGGUAUCUACAGAGCAUGUCAGAACGAGCGAGUUGCAGGAAGAGGUCCUCGGACUGAACGACCAGGGUUUCGAGGAUGGUGACUGGGGCUACUAUGGAAAAUGGGCUGCUGCCCUUGCAAAGCUCUUGCUGAAGCAGGGCAUCAUCGAUUUGGACGAACUGGACGUGGCUUUGGGAGGGCGGAGUCCAAAGAAGGUUGGCGAAACCUUCAAGGUUGGGGCGGCGGUGAGGAUAAAAGGCCCGACCCAGACAGGCCCUGCAUCGCAGUGGCGGAGGCCAUACUUGCCGGUUCCUGGCAGCGUGGCUGGGCUGCAGGGUGCCGUAGCAAAGAGACUGGGCCUCCGAUCAGAUGACAGUUUUUUUGCUUUGCAAAAGAGCCUUGGUUUGGACAUGGACGCAACCUGCAAGCAAUACAUGUAUGCGGUGAACAUCGAUCCGGAAGCACUGUCGACAGGUUCUGAAAGAAUCGUCACCGUUGAAGUUUCCCAGUGCUGGCUUGAGGCACUGAAGCCUGAGGCAGAGGCAGAUGCAAAACCGUCUGGGGCAGCGAAAGCCCCCAGAGCCCCCAAGAGGAGACACUUGCGUCAGAGCCUGAAGACCGUCGCUCAGAGCAUGCACGACUUUGCAUCGAAGCAUGCUGAAUUUCGCAAGCAUGGUCUUGAAAUUCACAGACAUCAGGGCAGGCACGAGCGACACGAGCACCUUCCACGAUCCAUCGUGGAGGCGCAGGCAGUGGAGAAGGAAGGCAGAGAAGCGCCGGGACAGCGGGUCACUGAGGCACUCUUGCAGGUGUUGAUUUCCAGGGGCAUCCUGGCUAUGUCAGCGGUUUCUAGGGCAAUGGAGGUCAUCGACUCCUUGGGAGUCCAUCCCGUAGGUCCGUGGAUUGUGGCGCGUGCCUGGUGCGACACUAGCUUCAAAAGCUUGCUUCUCGAAGAUGCACAUGCUGCCAUUGAGUUGCUGGGUCACGAGGCGACUAGCUCUACAUCCACAGUGAAGAUCAAAGUGGUUGAAUCGACACCCUGGGUGCAUAAUCUGGUUGUUUGCACUUUGUGCUCCUGCUACCCGGUCACUUUGUUGGGCUUGUCCCCAGCAUGGUACAAAUCUCGCGAAUAUCGCGAGCAAGCAGUGCAAAGACCGCGAGAGCUGUUGAGAGAGUCGUUCGGCCUGGAAAUUCCACAAAACGUGGAACUUCGAGUGCACGAUUCCAAUUCUGAAUUAAGAUAUAUCGUGUUGCCUCAGCGCCCUGUGGGAACUGAGGGUUGGUCGGAAGAACGGCUUGCCUCCGUGGUGACACGCGAUGCUAUGAUUGGCGUUGCGUUGCCGGACGUGGCAGAAGCGGGUUUUAGCCUUCCCAGCUGCUUCAACUUGGCUGCUGGACCUGGCUGCUUGUACAGCAAUUUUCACCCCUGGGCUGACCUCGUCGACAUGCGAGGCUGCAGACGCAGCCCAGGAUGUGGCCAAGGCAGAGUCUCAUUGAAACAAGAAGAGGAGCAACGCUGGAAGGAGGAGUGGAUCUCCGUGGCGCAGGUGCGGCCCUGGAAACCUUCAUGGGAGCGGGGGAAGUCUGAGAACCUGUCAGAGCGUGCGGGCGGGUGCACUGCCGUCAGUUGCGCCGAAAUCGCAGCAUCGCAGCAGCCUUCGUUGCGGAGGAGCAUGCCUCAGAGUCAUAAGCCACGGCACGACCAGUUCCGCGCCGGCAGGCACAAGUCAAAUACUCAGCGAAGAAUAUGGAGACCAAAGUUUUCUCCGGAGCAGAGUCUAGCACUGACAGAUGCCAUCAAACCGCUGUCAGAUGUGGAUGCAGCAUCUGAGACGAACACGGCGGCAACGACUUCCUUGCAUACAGAGGCCAUCUGCCACGAGGUGUUCAGCCAAGACGGCGAUGUCCAAAGUGAGCAGUGUUGCUCAGAGACUCCAGAUGGUGUCAGCGGUGCUAGAAGACCUUCGUCUGAUGAUUGUGUUGGUCAGAUAUUGACGUUGUUGCGGAAUGAAUCAGCGAAGUUGCUCCCUCUCAGGGAGGAGCUCUUCGGCACAGUCAGGGACGCAGCCGCAGAUGCUUUGCCGAGCUUCGAGCGCAUGGCACUGGUGGGCAGUGUGGCCCUGACAAUAGAUGUACCCAGCUCUGAUGUCGAUGCCGUCGUCUUCACGAAAACUCCCGUCGAUGCCAUCCAAGCCCUCAACGACAUGGCCGCCUUGCUAAGGCAGAAGGAGCCCCAGCUUCGCGUGCAGGUCAUCGACCGCGCUAGGGUGCCAAUUAUUAUGGUUUCGACCGGCGACAGGAUGGCUUCUCUCGAUUUAUCUGUGAAUCGGAAGCUGCCGGAUGAGCACGUCUCCUGGUUUCGGAGCCUGCGCAUCUUUCAGGAGGAGCAGGAAUUGGUUGUGGAUUUUCUGAGAUGUGUAAAAUACUGGCACUCACAGCGCCAGAUACCCGGCACGAAAGAGGGUGGCUAUCCCAUUCUGGCUUGGAUACUUUUUGCAGUCCAAAGGCUGCAAGCCUUCCUCGCUGAAGAAACACUCAAUGCAAGCCAUUGUGGGCGUCUUCUAGCCGCACUGGACCACUUUUUUCAGUCCUUGGUCUGGCCAGCUGACACCCAUGUCAGCAUGUGUGGUUCUUCGGAAGAGUACAUGGGCUCCCGGAUUUGGCCGUUCCCGUGCAUCUUGGACCCUGUGACCCCGGAUGUUGGCAACUCAAACUUGAUCCACGAGAUCCCGAUCGCAACGCAGAUUCUGUAUGCGGACGAGUUCCUCAGAGCAAGGGCCCUUGUGGCUGCAGCAAUCUCUGGUGAUGGCAACGCCUUCGCCCGGCUCUUUGAACGCGAGUCCUCGACAUUGCUCCAAGCUUCUCCAUUUCCAGGCGACAGCAAGGGAAAUGAAGCUUACGGCUGCGCGGCCUUCGUAUUGAAGAGACAGAAGAUAUGGCUAGUGGAGGUUCUGUCUAUUUCCAAGAUGCGAGAGAAGUGGACCGCUCCUUUUCUACAUCGCUGCGAUUCUCAGACGGAGCUUCAGGGAUGUCUGCUUAGCGUUGACGGCGCCGGAGCAGUGCAGCGCUUCCCGGAACUGCGGCAAGGGCUCACUUUCACUCCGAGGGACUUUGUGGCCUGUGCAGAGCUUGACCACAUAUCUCAACAGACGCCAUCUGUGCGCCUGACGAAAGGGGACUUGCGACGCUGGCAGGACCUGCAGAAGCUGCAGCUGUUGAUCCAGUAA